AUGUCAGCUCCAUUAGACGCAUCGAAAAUCGUUAUCACACCAGUUGCAACCCCUUCUAAACCAUUGUCAAAUGACAAACUGAUCUUUGGUAAGACUUUCACAGAUCAUAUGUUGACCGUUGAAUGGACAAAAGAAAAAGGAUGGGACAUCCCACACAUCAAACCUUAUGGUCCAUUGUGUCUAGACCCAUCUGCAGUUGUCUUUCACUAUGCAUUUGAAUUAUUUGAAGGUAUGAAAGCUUACAGAACUGAAGAUAAUAAAAUCGCACUGUUCAGACCUGAAAUGAACAUGAAACGUAUGAACAAGUCUGCUUCCAGAAUCAUGUUACCAAACUUCGACGGUGAAGAACUGAUUAAACUGAUCACAAGGUUGAUUGAACAGGAUAAACAUUUGAUUCCAGAAGGUCAAGGCUACUCCUUAUACAUUAGACCAACACUAAUUGGCACCACUACCACACUAGGGGUUGCUCCGCCAGACAGAGCAUUACUGUUCGUCAUUUGUUCUCCGGUAGGACCAUAUUACAAGACAGGUUUCAAAGCAGUUAGAUUGGAGGCUACCGACCAUGCUACAAGGGCAUGGCCAGGUGGUUGCGGUGACAAGAAGCUGGGAGCCAACUAUGCGCCAUGUAUCUUGCCACAAGUGCAAGCUGCGGAACGUGGAUACCAACAAAACUUGUGGUUAUUUGGUCCAGAAAAGAAUGUGACAGAGGUAGGUACAAUGAACUGUUUCUUUGUAUUCAAGGAAUCUGCGACAGGUAAGAAGGAACUGGUCACUGCUCCAUUGGAUGGAACCAUUUUAGAAGGUGUGACAAGGGAUUCUAUUUUAACUUUAGCAAGAACUAGGCUGGACCCUAAGGAAUGGACAGUCAGUGAACGUUAUUGUACUAUUAAUGAAGUGAAAGAGAAGGCAAAAAGGGGUGAAUUGGUGGAGGCCUUUGGAUCCGGUACUGCAGCUAUUGUAUCUCCAAUAAAAGAGAUCGGCUGGAAGGAAGAAUCGAUUGACAUUCCAUUACUGCCAGGAGAGCAAAGCGGUGAAUUUACAAAACUAGUAGCACAGUGGAUUGGUAACAUCCAAUAUGGGAAAGAACAGUUUGAAAACUGGUCAAGAAUCAUUGCCGAAUUAUGA